ACACAAAAAAAAUAGAAUUCAAGGUAUUGAAAUUCCACUCACGAAAAGUAAGAAAUGCCCUCCGCAAAGGAGAAGCGUUUGCGGAAGGAAAGAAUCCUGGAGUUUAUCCGGGAAAACAGAGAGCUUAGGCCCAUCAACUCCACGACGGUACUUCAGUCCCCUGUGCCAACAAAGGAUGACUCUUUGCGACAGAAGAAACGAGUCACAUUUACCCAUGGAAAGAAGCAGCGAAGCAUUGGCGAAUUGCCCAUGGUCAGGGAAAAUAUCGGACAGGGCCUUACGUCUUGCUUAAUCACCAAGCCCUCAAAUACCAGACUAACGAGUGGCGGCAACGACCCAGUCGAGAGAGUUGUGGAGAACCAGUCUCGAGCAGACAACAAAGGCCAUUCUAAGUCAUCAUGCACGCGGAGACCAGAUUCCCGAUUAACUGCAGGUGCCAACAAUCCAGCGGUGCGAAAUGUUGGCAAAUUACCUCGAACCGACAGCGAAUGUCGAUUCAAGGAGCCAGGCAUCUUCUUUUUGCAAAAAUUUCACUCUGACUAUGCCACUCAAGAAGUCAAGCUGAACUCGAAGCCUUUGAGAAAGGAGCUGAAAAACAAAUGUGACUACUUUCCAAAGUUUGUGGACAAUCGACCUUUCAAGGAUGAGGCUACACAAACCCUUUACAGGGAGUCUUCGGCGCAGACCUUGGCCUUUUUACCAGAAAUUUUAAGCCAAGACAAAUCCGAAACUCUUGAAUUGUUCACCUUGGCCAAAUUGCUGCCGGGCAACAAGGCACCAGGAUUGCAUGAAGUGGAAUUUCUAGAGCGAGCUCGCAAGCGUUGGGACUUCGGUAAGGCUCUGAAGGAGAACUUUAAAAGACUUCUUCGGGAGGCCAGAAAGGUGUCGAUAAAAACCCAGUACAAGGAGAUUUUGGAGGCCUUCGAGUGGGAGCAGUGGGUCCAGCGAGAGGAGGACAUACAGGAGUGCCAGAUGAUGCGUCUCCAGAUCGUGAUCAAGAUGUUCGAGAAGAGGGAGAAGGAAAUGCACGCCGCCUCCAAAGCUCGCAUUGAGAAAUCCUUCGAACGCAUCGAGAAACGUCGUCAGGCGGGUCUGCGCAAGAAUGAAGUUGAGUACCAGCGGGGAAUGCGCCGCAUAAAUAUCCAGUUGGCCAAAACAGCUCGAAAGUGGGAAAAACAGAGUCCCAUGCAAGCCCUCGGAUCCCCAUGCUCCGAGUUCUAUGGUCCCCUGAUAAGACAUGGUGUUGAUCCGGCACGACGAUGCUUUGAGUCCACCACUGGACGCAGGGCGUUCGACAUGCGGAUCGACGAUCUGGAGAAGCGGGUCAAUAUGCGUAAUGUUCAGUGUCCCUUCAGCAAGCUCAAGGAAUGGUCCAAGCCCAAGGAGUACGACAGAGAGUAUGAGCGAAACUUCUGCAAUGAUGGCAAUCUACAGAGGCUCUACGAGUCCUUAAAGAGCUUACGAACGCAGGCAGACGCGGUUAAGGAACCACCUAAUUGCCUGAAAACACGUAUACGUAGAGAGCGUCGAACGCCCAGUACGAGUUCAAGCGAUUCCUUCCGGCCCUACUAUCAGGCUAGAAAGUCUCGUUUUAUCGACUUCCCAGAUUCGCACCGUGGUACCGAAAAGACAAGCGUUAAGGCUACACCGCAAAGAGUUGAGAAGCCAGUGAGGGCCUCAGUGAUAGGGCGAGAAGACCUGGAGAAUCUGAUAGGGUCAUACGAAGGCAGCUAUAUUGGGACCAUCAUGCAGUUCCUGGCCGAUGAAAUGCAUCGACUGAAGGAGCAGCGCAAGCUGCACUUCUUCUGCAUUUUGGCCCAAAAGGAACGCUGGCGACGUGAGGCAGCCGAGGCGGGUCUGAGACAGAAGGAGAACACGAUAAGACUGCUCUACGAGGAGAUGUUCCAACAUACCAAUGCAGUUCACAGUGACACGGCACACAAAUAUGCCGACACCAUACUGACCACCGAUGUGGGGCACAUUGUAGAGGACGAGACCAUCGAAACUGUUACUGAGUUGGCAAGGCAAAUCGAUUUGGACAUAGAGCGAUGGCUGGAGUCCUUCAAGUUGAUACAGAAUCCGCUCAAUUUCACUCCACUUCGACUGAUGCUGCAGGACAUGGUCUCUCCGGAUUUGGGAGCUGUGCUCCGGCGCUAUGAGACCUCUAUGAUUGCCCAGUACAUAGUGGAGGAUGUGAUCUUUGGCAAAGUCUGGCACGAACUGGAGCCUUUCGAUGUGGCCAGUACUCUGACCAGCGAUCUUAUCGAUCGCCUGAUCGACAACGAUCUAUUUUUGUUCUCAUCGGACAGCGAUAGCGAUAGUCCCCAGAAGGAAUCCUGGAAUGAGUCCCAUGCCAUAAUAAGAAAACUCAUUCGCCAAGCGGUUCCCGGAAGACGCUGGAAAGAGGAGGACGAGAGGAUUGUCACCGAAACCUUUAACAGCCUGUUCGACGAUGUGUUCUCCGAAAUCCUAUUCGGCAUCGAAAAUCCGGCUAGAGUUUUGCCAUCCGAACUUAUCCAGCUGUGUGCAAGUAAAUCAUAUGCUGUCUUUGCGCACGAGAUUCCAACGAGGAUGCCAUCGUCGGACGAGUCCUCCCAAUCAGAUUCGCUGAAACAUACGCAUCUUUUACGAAUGCAAUUUCUAUCCCUCAUUAAAAAAUUUAAAGAAGACAAGAUUACCAAGGAACUGAAGGCCGAAGAGAAAUUACCAAUGAAUGAAUAUGACGAUGAGUUAUUUGACAACUAUAUUCGAAGCGAAGUACUUCAAAAAUCUGAUGUCUUGGGAACUGCAUCUCCAGUAGCACAUCCUGAGUUAUUCAGCAUCAGAAGUACUGUCAAUAUUUCCGAGUACGAAAAUAAUCUAAAUGACCUGCGGGGUUCUAGGUUGAUGCUGGAUAGCUCUUCAAAAGAAGAAGCAAUUGCCUCUGAAAGUAGCUACGAGAUAAAACAUGUUAGCGUUUCUGAACAAGAGGUAGAUCGUGAGGAAUUGCAAAAUGAAGAAAUUGAAGUUGAACAGGAAGAUUUAGAACAAAAAGAUGAAUCAGACAAGUCUGUGAAAGAAAUAGAUAGCUCAACAACCAUUUAUGACGAGGAAUUUGAGGAAGAGCAUACCGAUGUGGGUGAAGAGAUUGUGGUUUAUUACCCCAAGGAUUCACAGGUCUUCAAAUUCAGAUAACUUCUGAAAUUCGAUUCUUCGGUAACGGUACCUUUCGUUACUUUCAUACGCAUACAUUUAUGAAAUUUAU